AUGCAAGUUGAGACACAUCUUGCUCGGGUUGAACAUCAUCGAUAUCGACGUCAGACCUUGGCCGUGUUGGGCCGUCACUGCAUUGCGAGCCUAGCUUCGAGGACAUUUCCCGGCCAACCUGGGAUGGAGAAAUCGCCCUCGGUGAGAGUAGCAGCGACCGACAGCCACAGGUAG